AUGGUGAAUAGUCAAGGCCCCAGAUCUCAUCAUGUGCUCAACCUUCCUACAAAAGCAGUCCAGGGUGAUGUAUUUUUGUUGCUGUUUAUCAGGGUCACAGCCAUGGAGCUCUGGAAUCACAGCACCGUAACGAACUUCAUCCUUUCGGGCCUGUUCAGCUACACUCCAUAUGAAUUCCUCCUCUUUUCCCUGAUCCUUCUGGCCUCCAUAGCCGCACUGGUUGGCAACAUCCUCUUCCUUCUCCUCAUCCAGGUCGACGUGCGCCUGCACAUCCCUAUGUACUUUUUCUUGGGUCAACUCUCUGUCAUGGACUUGACUAUGAUAUGCACUGUGGUGCCCAAGAUGGCCGCCAACUUUCUUUCGGGCACUAAGACUAUCUCUCCGGGAGCCUGUGGAGCUCAGAUUUUCCUAGUGGUCAUGGUAGGAGGAGCUGAGUGCUUCCUUCUGGCAGUUAUGGCCUAUGACCGGUAUGUGGCAGUUUGCCACCCCCUGCGGUACCCUGUGCUCAUGAAUUGGAAGGUCUGCUCUGACAUGGUGAUAGCUUCCUGGAUCGGUGGAAUGACAGACAGUGUGAUUGACGUGGCCAUGGUCUUCAGCUUUCCCUACUGCAGCUCUCGAGAAGUGAACCACUUCUUCUGUGAGGUCCCUGCCUUGCUGCGUCUCUCUUGUGCAGACACCUCGCUCUUUGAAGACCUGAUCUAUGCUUGCUGUGUGGUCAUGCUGCUGCUACCCCUUGGGGUCAUUGUGACUUCUUAUGCCCGGGUUCUCACAGCUGUGAUGCGGAUGUCCUCCACUGAAGGGAAGCAGAAGGCUCUAACCACUUGCUCCUCCCACCUGGCGGUAGUGGGCCUCUACUAUGGGGGAGCCAUAUUUAGUUAUAUGCAGCGGGCCUCCUCUAGGACACCGGCUGGAGACAGAGCCACCUCCAUCUUCUAUACCAUCCUCGCUCCAAUGCUCAACCCACUCAUUUACAGCCUGAGGAACAAGGAAGUAUCAAGGGCCCUGAAGAAGAUGAUGGGGACAUGGGUCAUGUAG